AUGACUCAAACUCAUAUCCGGCGCCUCGCGAAAAUGAAUUCAUCACCUUCGACCGCGAUCGAAGAGCCGCCGCUUCGGACGAUGGGUGGUGGGGGGAAAAGGAGGUGGUCGGCGGCGAGAGUGGGAGGAGUCUGUGCUUUUGGGAUAAAUUCGGGGAUUGGGUAUUUAUUGAUGUUGGUUGUCAUGUCGUUUAAUGCGGGGGUGUUCUUGGCGGUUGUUUUAGGAUUGGCAAUUGGGUAUUUGUUGUUUAGAAGUGAAGAUGAGGAUUUGAUGAUUCUUGACAAUCCUUGUGCUUGUGCUUAG